AUGGCUCUAGAACUUGUUACACCUUCCCUUUUGGUGCCCGUCAUCGCACCAGCUGAGCUUACCUUCUCAGCCAUGGAGGCCGUUUCCAAGUACCCUACACUCCCCGAGUCGCCUCCUGUCAUGGUCACAGAAGCCAUUCCCAUGUUUCCCAUCAUGGCUCUUGUUGAGGCAGUUGCCCUUCCAGAGUACCCUGUUGAGGCUGUUUCCCUUCCAGAGUACCCUGUUGAGGCCGUUUCCCUUCCAGAGACCCUGUUGAGGCCGUUCCCCUUCCAGAGACCCCUGUGGAGGCCGUUUCCCUUCCAGAGACCCUGUGGAGACCGUUCCCCUUCCAGAGACCCCUGUGGAGGCUGUUCUCCUUCCAGAGCUGUUCCCCUUCCAGAGAACCCUGUUGAGGCCGUUCCCCUUCCAGAGACCCCUGUGGAGGCUGUUCCCCUUCCAGAGAACCCUGUUGAGGCCGUUUCCCUUCCAGAGACCCCUGUUGAGGCUCUUCCCCUUCCAGAGAACCCUGUUGAGGCUGUUCCCCUUUCAGAGUACCCUGUCGAGGCCGUUCCCCUUCCAGAGACCCCUGUUGAGGCCGUUCCCCUUCCAGAGACCCCUGUUGAGGCUGUUCCCCUUCCAGAGACCCCUGUUGAGGCUGUUCCCAUUCCAGAGUACCCUGUCGAGGCCGUUCCCCUUCCAGAGACCCCUGUUGAGGCCGUUCCCCUUCCAGAGACCCCUGUUGAGGCUGUUCCCCUUCCAGAGACCCCUGUGGAGGCUGUUCCCAUUCCAGAGUACCCUGUCGAGGCCGUUUCCCUCCCAGAGACCCCUGUUGAGGCCGUUCCCCUUCCAGAGACCCAUGUGGAGGCCGUUUCCCUUCCAGAGACCCCUGUUGAGGCUGUUCCCCUUCCAGAGUACCCUGUCGAGGCCGUUCCCCUUCCAGAGUACUCUGUCGAGGCCAUUUCCACUCUACAGCAGCCGCAGGUCACUGAUUUCCCUGAGAUGAAUCAUUUCAUUCAUGUGAUAGGAGCCAGAAACAAGGCAGGAAUCCAGGGAGAAAAGCUGAUCACAUCUGAGUCACGUUGCCUUCAUAGUCUGCACAGCAGUAUUCAGUACAUCACACUGUCCAAUGUUCCUGGACCAUAA